GCGUUGUGAGCGACUUCCCUUGUCCCCCGAGUCUGCCCCUCGCUGCCUGUCGACAACAACCACGACUUUUCAUUGACGCAUUACAGACGGGCUGUUAUUUGGUACGAGAGAAAGGUUGUUGCGUCAGCAUGCCGGCGGAUAUUCGGAGCUUUUUUGGUGGCGGGAGGGCUUCUCAGGGUAGCCAAAGUACGCCCGCAAAGAAAGAAGAGGCCAAGAAGCCCACAAGAAGACCUCAGAAAUCGCGCGUUAUCGAGGACUCGGAAGAUGAGGAGAUUGAGGAAGUAAAACCGAAGACCUCGCCGAAGAAACCCCCGCCGAAGAAGGCGAAACGCGAACCUUCCCUCGAAGGCGAAGAGACUACCACAUUAGCCUUUUUCGGUAGCAAGAACAAACCCAAGCGAUCCGAGCCUGUGAAGGUGAAGAAGGCUGUCGCAGCAACCCCGAAGGCUACACCAAAAGCAACUCCAGUGAAGGCAAAUGGGAGAGCUUCAAAAACGGUUACGCCGGUGGCUAAUGGCAAGACUUCUGGACGAGCAAAGAAACCUGUCUCUUACGUGGAGAACGAUGAUGAUUUUCUAGAUGAUUUUCCAGAUGAUGACCUUGAUGGAGCUGACGAUAUAUUUGGUGCAGAUUUUAAGGCAAACAGCAGGAAUGUCAAGGACGACUAUGUCCAUAUCGAAAGCGAUGACGACGAUGAUAUACCAAUUACUUUGCCACAUCGCGGGACUCCUAAGAAGCCAGCCAAACAGAAAAAGAAACUACCAGUCGAUGAUGACAUUGACUCGGUGGAAGAUGUAGACAUGAAAGACGCCCAUCCUGAAGAUGACUUCGUUGUCCCGGAUGGGGGAAAGCGGACUCCAAAGAGCAAGCCCAGCAAGAGAACACCCGCAGCCCGGAAACGCAAGUCGCCCGAGCUUGACGAGGACGAGGAUGAAGAGGAGGAUAGCGUACCAAAGAGAGGCCGUCCAAAGAAAUCCGAUACUAAGAAGUCACCAGUCAAGAAGAAGGCUAAGAGAGAAGAUGCGUCAGAAGACGCUAUUGUCCAAGCAAUCUACGAUAGCAUCCCUCUCGUACGCCCACCAACACCUCCACCGAAGACAGAAGGAGGCAAGUUCGAUUGGAGAGCCAAUGCUGGGCGUGGGGACGCAGGACUCACUGAGGGGUCGUCCGGGGACAUGCCUUCUGGUAGCGAAACCUGUCUUGCCGGUCUGAACUUUGUCUUUACUGGUGUAUUGCACCGGUGGGGUCGAACGGAAGCUCAGGAAUUGGUCAAACGUCAUGGCGGCAAAGUCACCGGUGCACCAAGCAGCAAGACGGACUUUGUGAUCCUAGGGACAGAUGCUGGCCCUAGCAAGCUCGAGAAGAUUCGAAAGAUGAACAUCAAGACCAUUGACGAAGAUGGGUUGUCCCAGCUCAUCGAGAAGCUUUCUGCCCGUGGUCAUGUCGGAGACUCCAAAGCGCAAGCAGCAUAUAAGGAGAAGCAGCGAAAAGAAGAAGAGAAGAUCAAAGAGCAGGCUGCGGAAAUGGAUAAAGAGGAUAAGCGUCGUGAAGAGGAGAAACGUAGUUUGGCUGGGGCAGGGACCGCCAGAGGUAGCAAAACUACCUCUGCUACGACUUCUGCUAUCCACAAAGAUGCAGUUCCUUCUGUUGAUUCACGUUUAUGGACGACCAAAUAUGCUCCAACGGCGCUCAGCCAGAUCUGCGGAAACAAAGCUACGGUCGAGAAAUUGCAGCGAUGGUUGGCCCGAUUUCCGAAGAGCCACAAGACCGGCUUCAAGCUUGCUGGUCCUGACGGUAGUGGUGUGUUCCGAGCGGUUAUGCUUCAUGGACCUCCAGGGAUUGGGAAGACUACCGCAGCGCAUCUCGUUGCUAAGCUGGAAGGCUACGAUAUCGUCGAGAGUAAUGCUAGUGAUACUCGCAGCAAAAAGCUUGUGGAGGAAGGGUUGAGAGGUGUCCUCAGCACUACAUCCUUGCAUGGCUACUUUGCUGGCAACGGAAAGAAGGUUGAAACAUCGAAAAAGAAGCUGGUACUCAUCAUGGACGAAGUCGAUGGCAUGUCUGCAGGCGACCGAGGUGGUGUUGGAGCACUUGCUGCGGUCUGCAAGAAGUCAGAGAUUCCGAUGAUCCUUAUCUGCAACGACAGGCGACUGCCAAAGAUGAAGCCAUUUGACUAUGUUACAUUCGAUCUACCAUUCCGACGACCGACUGUAGAUCAAAUUCGCUCCCGCAUUAUGACUAUUGCCUAUAGAGAAGGAUUGAAGAUGCCAGCUCCUGUCAUCAAUGCUUUGAUUGAAGGUAGUCAUGCAGAUAUCCGUCAAGUGGUCAAUAUGGUCUCGACUGCCAAGCUUGACCAAAAAGCCAUGGAUUUCGACCAGGGCAAGGAGAUGUCUAAAGCAUGGCAAAAGCACGUCAUUCUCAAGCCUUGGGACAUCACUCAAAAGAUUCUCGGUGGUGGGAUGUUUGCUGCGAGCAGCAAGGCUACCCUGAACGACAAAAUUGAACUCUAUUUCAACGACCACGAAUUCAGCCCCCUCAUGCUUCAAGAGAAUUAUCUCGGUACCAGCCCGAUGCGUGCCCUGAGUUACCACGGCAAGGAGAAGAACCUGAAGUUACUGGAGCUCGUCUCUGAUGCUGCCGAUAGUAUUAGUGAUGGCGAUAUGGUUGAUCGAAUGAUCCAUGGCUCUCAACAACAUUGGAGUUUAAUGCCAACACAUGCGGUCUUCAGUUUUGUCCGACCAGCAAGUUUCGUCGCAGGCAGCACAGCUGGGCAUCAGACACGAUUCACAUCCUGGCUUGGCAAGAACAGCAACCAGCAAAAACUAACUCGUAUGGUCAAGGAAAUCCAAGCCCACAUGCGUCUGCGCUCUUCAGGCGACCGGCACGAGGUUCGACAACAAUAUGUUCCUGUCCUUUGGACGCAGUUGAUCAAGAAGCUACAGUGGGAGGGCAGGGAGUCGGUACCCCAAAUCAUCGAUCUUAUGGAUAGCUACUUCUUGACCAAGGAUGACUUUGAUGCGAUUAUGGAGCUGGGUGUUGGGCCUAUGGAACAAGAAAAGGUGAAAAUCGAGUCACAGGCCAAAUCCACUUUUACUAGACUCUACAAUCAACAGUCUCAUCCUCUUCCCUUUAUGAAAGCGAGCAAUAUCGUCGCGCCCAAAAAAGCCACGAAAGAGAAACCCGACCUCGAAGAAGCCCUCGACGAAUCGGAUGAAGGGGAACUUGCUGAAGAGGCAAAGGAUGAUGAAGAGACCGAUCUCUCCAAGGACAAAUACGUCAAGCAGCCGAAGAAAAAGGCUGCAGGCAAGAAAGCACAGGCACAGAAACCUUCCAGAGGAAAGAAGCGAGCUGCUACUGAUGAAGACGUUGAUGAGGAUGAAAGUGAAGAGGUAAAACCCAAGGGGCGUGGCAGAGGAAAGGCUGCUGCAAAGGGUCGCAAGAAGGCUUGAGGUGGAGUAGGCAAGAUUGCGAGACGCGUUUAUAUGGCAUGUUUGGAAGAAACAAAAAGCAUGGCGGACUUCUACGCAUUUUUCGUUCAGAGGAGUUUAUAUGAAGGUCUAUGAGCAAUUGGGGGCAAUUAAUCAUAGUGGUGUGG